AUGCUCGCCCAGUUCAGCAUCAUUGGCACCCUGUGCCUGACCCUCGCCGCCGCCAAGCCCCUCGACAUGGGCGACACAAUCACCCACACCGCGGCGCCCACGCCCACCGGGGACGACUACGACCCGUCGGACCUUGUCCCGGCCAACCGCGCACCCGGCACGCUUGUUCCCAGCGUCGUGCCAGAGGAAGAGGCCCGAAAGAGCCUGCCGCUCGGCACGGCGCACGGCGGCGCGCUCGAUCUCCCGCCCGCGCCAACCGCCGGCCCCGGCGCCAUGGCCGUCGAGGCGGCAACAGCAGCUGGCAACGCGUAUAUAACCGUCUUCAACAGGCAUAACGCUGCCAUCACAACGGUGCACGUCCACGGCGAGGGUCCCGCGCCCAAGGGCAACGUUGGCGCGGGUAGGCUGAACAAGGGCCAGCACGGCAUCUUUACAGUCGCGCACGACUGGAGUGGCCACGUUGCCCUAAUCGUUGCUGGAAAGUCCGUCACGACCGGCGACGAGUCGCUGAUCGAGGGAAGCUUCAAGAACCAGGGCCACGGCUUCAUCGGCGACAUCAACGUCAGCUACGUAACAAGAAAGCGGCCGGCUGCUCCAAGAACCUGUUUGCCCUCGCCCACUGGCCUAAACCCCAACGGCCAGGGCUCGUGCAAGAAUCCGAACCGCGGCAAGGGCGGCGUCCGCUCGCCGACGGCCUUCUUCAAGCCGUGCUUCUACCCCGGCGGAGCGUACACGUUUGACGACGACAGCGCGGCAAGCAGUCUCAAUGGGCGGUGCCCGAACGAGCACUACACCUGCUACGUCGGCGCGGGGUGUCACGCAUAG